AUGGGUUCGAACCCCAGGGGUGUUGCUGGGGGGAAGAUUGUUGGCAGAUCGGAGAGUUGGCCGCAUCCAUCAACUCCCCUUGUGUUCGUCGUGGGCACUUGGGUGAAUGCACUUUGUGUUCUGGCCUUCGGACGGAUCGCCGUGGACGCCAUGAUUGUUCUCUCCCAAGCUGGGUUCUGCAUUAGCUACCUUAUCUUCAUUGCCAAUAAUCUGGCGUACGUUUCCAACAGCUCGCCCUCGAUUCCGAUUCUAGUUUUAACUCCCAAAUCGCUCUACAUCUGGGGUUGCUUUCCGUUUCAACUGGGGUUGAAUUCGAUUCCCACACUGACUCACUUAGCUCCCUUGAGUAUUUUCGCGGAUGUGGUCGAGAUCGGAGCCAUGGGAGUGGUUAUGGUGGAAGAUGUAUUGAUUUUUCUGAAGCAAAGGCUUGCCCUGCGAGCUUUUGGGGGUUUCUCUGUUUUCUUCUAUGGUCUGGGCGUUGCUGUCUACUCCUUUGAAGGAAUCGGCAUGGUCUUGCCAUUAGAAUCAGAGGCUAAAGACAAAGACAAAUUCGGAAAAGUUCUCGCCCUGUCCAUGGCCUUCAUUUCUGUGAUGUACGGAAGGUUCGACGCUUUGGGCUACUUCGCAUUCGGGGAAGAAACCAAAGACAUUAUCACCACCAAUCUGGGGCAAGGUCCGCUGAGCAUCAUGGUUCAGUUGGGUCUCUGUGUGAACCUCUUCUUCACUUUUCCUCUCAUGAUGAACCCCGUCUAUGAAGUGAUGGAGAGGCGGUUCCGUGAUGGCGCCUACUGCCUCUGGCUGAGAUGGGUGGCGGUGCUGGGAGUGAUCCUGGUGGCUCUGAUGGUCCCCAAUUUCGCAGACUUCUUAUCUCUAGUGGGCAGCAGUGUGUGUUGUGUUCUGGCCUUUGUGUUGCCCUCUUUGUUUCAUCUGAUAGUCUUCAAGGAUCAGCUGAGCAGGAAAAGCAUGGCCUUGGAUGUGGCCAUUCUGGUUCUUGGACUGGUUUUUGGAGUCUCUGGAACCUGGUCUUCUCUUUUGGAAAUCGUCUCGCCCAGUGCCUGAUCACACCCAUCAUGAGUAAUACCACAAUCAGUACUUGCAAUACUGGAAAUUAUAAUAUUUUGUGAUCAAAAUAUGAGAUUUGGCUUGUUUUUCUAUCCAUGUUUGGCUCUGAAGAAUUGCUUGGAUGAGAAAAUGGUGAGUACUCUAAAAGUGAGCCACAGUUAGAAGCAUUUUGGUCUUCUUCAGAGUUUCCUCGUAAAUUAUAGACAAUUGUUAGGCCUGGUGCCACAUGUGAUGUUUAAAAAGCUGUUCACUAGUUGAAUGGAACCCAUCUUUAGGCAUGCUUUUUACUAAAUAAAAUAUAUGUUU